AUGGUGGGCUUGGGGCCAACCCUGGUGGAGGUGACCCACUGGGGACAACCCCGUCCUUCUUCUCCUGCAGGUUCCAACUACUAUGUGCGGAUCCUGAGCACCAUCGACCGGGAGCUGCUGAAGCCCAAUGCCUCGGUGGCCCUGCACAAGCACAGCAACGCGCUGGUAGACGUCCUCCCACCCGAGGCCGACAGCAGCAUCAUGAUGCUGACGUCAGACCAGAAGCCCGACGUGAUGUACGCGGACAUCGGGGGCAUGGACAUCCAGAAGCAGGAGGUGCGGGAGGCGGUGGAGCUGCCCCUCACCCACUUUGAGCUCUACAAGCAGAUCGGCAUUGACCCCCCCCGGGGCGUCCUCAUGUACGGCCCCCCCGGCUGUGGGAAGACCAUGUUGGCCAAGGCUGUGGCCCACCACACCCCAGCUGCCUUCAUCCGGGUGGUGGGCUCGGAGUUCGUGCAGAAGUACCUGGGGGAGGGUCCCCGCAUGGUGCGCGACGUCUUCCGCUUGGCCAAGGAGAACGCCCCCGCCAUCAUCUUCAUCGACGAGAUCGACGCCAUCGCCACCAAGCGCUUCGACGCCCAGACAGGGGUGGCUCUUGGGGCUUGGGUGGGGGUCAGGAACCCUCUGGAGAAACCCUUGGUGGGGUUUGGGGACCCCUUGGUGGUCCUCAGGGCUUGGGUGGGGUUCAGGAACCUUCUGGAGAACUUCAUGGUGGAAGUUGGGGACCUCCUGGUGAUCAUGGCCACCAACCGGGCCGACACCCUGGACCCGGCGCUGCUGCGCCCCGGCCGCCUGGACCGGAAAAUUGAGUUCCCGUUGCCCGACCGGCGGCAGAAGCGGCUCAUCUUCUCCACCAUC